AUGUUCCGCUCGCCAAAGCCCGGGGAUUGGGCUGCCGACGACGAAGAUACGCUGCCUGUGCCUGCCGCUAUCCCGCCACCCGACAACGCAGCAGCAGCGUCUGAAGCAGAAGCUGUCGCGCCGCCAGCUGCGCCCGUGCAGGACGCGCGAGGAGACGCGCGCAGUCAUAGCGGCGGGCGCUUUGAUCGGGACAGGAACAACACCGACGGGCGUGGGCAACGGAACACUGGGCGCUUUGACCGGGACAAGGCACCUCACGGGCGUUUGGACCAGGACAGAGGAUCGGACCGAGACGGCGCACGGUCUGAACGCGACAGAAAGGACCCGGCCGAGCGCUUGGACCGCGACCGGACCAAUGGCCACGAGGGGGGACGGUUUGAACGGGACCGCAAUCAUCACGCGGACGGACGAUAUGACCGGGACAGAGAUAGUGAUCGAGAUGGGGGGCGGUUUGAUCGGGACAGACAUAGUGGCCGAGAUGGGGGGCGGUUUGAUCGGGACAGACCCAGCGGUCGAGAUGGGGGGCGGUUUGAUCGGGACCGACACAGUGGUCGGGAGGAGGAGAACUCGGACAGGAACAGAAACAGUGGUCGGGAAGGAGACCGUUAUGAACGGGGCGAGGGACGUGCUGACGCUGGCCGAUGGGGACACCAUGCUGAUCGACGCGGUGACGCGAGGGGUGGUGGCCGGGACUUGCCGGUGGAGCAGGGCUUUGUGGUCUCGAUCAAGGAGAGUUUCGGCUUUGUGAGCUGCUUGGAGAGAGACGGAGACUUGUUUUUCCACAUCUCUGAAGCGCCCGUGGACGUGCAGUUACAUGAUGAGGUGGAGUUCCGAGUCAAGUACAACCAGCGGUCGGACAAGGAAAUGGCGUGCCAAUUAGUGGCACUGCCCAAGGGAAGUAUCAAGGUGGAAGAAAUCGGAAGCGAUCUACUUGACGGCGUUGUGACCAAGAGUUUGCCGCGUGGAGGACAUGGCAACAAUCGGGGAACUCAUACUGGUGACCGGCACUAUAAUCGUGAGGAAUACGGACUCAUUGCGAUCAAGAUGGCAAGUGAAAGGGAGGGCGCAAAGGAGAUGGAUGCAAAAGAAGCGGCCAUUGAAGAAGUAGAAUCGAGCGAGACGGCUGACAAGAAGGCGAAUGUAAAAGAAGCUGCCAUUGAAGAAGGAGAAUCGAGCGAGACGGCUGACAAGAAGCCGCUCAUCAGACGCGAGUUUGUGCGCUUUAGCAGCGACAGUGUGGCUGGUUCUAGUGUGAAAUGGGGUGAGAAGGACCAAGAACAGAGUGACGAAAACAAGAAGGGCAUCAAUCUUUACUCUGGUGACGAGGUUCGCUUCCGUAUUGCGAAGCACCGCAAGACAGGAGCAAAACGUGCUGUGGAUAUUACGGUUGUGAUGUCUGCUCGGGACAAAGUUGAGAAAGACAUUGAAGCGAAGUUGGCAACAAUGACGCGCGAGUUUGGCAUCGUGAGUCGAGUAAAGAAUGGUGGUGGAUUCAUUAAGUGUUGUGAUCGUCCCGUGGACGUCCACUUUCAUUUUCGUGAGAUCCUUGAGGUGGCGCAGUCUGAGGCAGAUACUAAGAAUGGCGAACACGACGACGGACAAGCGGAACCGGGUGACAAACCUCAGCGUGGCCAACCUGGAAAAGGGUCUGCAGUCCGAGAAGGUGACGAAGUAUCCUUUUUCGUGUAUGAGGACUCGGUAGACGACUCCACUCGCUCCCAGCCACGUUUGACGGCGGUCCGUGUGCAGAAACUUCCGUCCGGAACGGUUUCUUUCGAAAAGCUGUUGCAGACCGAUCUCAGGGGUCUUGUAUCAACGCCCCCCAAGGAGCCCCGUAGUGGUCAUGAGGUGAUUGGUAAGAUUGCCGUUAUACCUGCAAAGCUCAGUGAUACAGGAAGCUCGAAAGAGGCGGCAGAUACGGCCAAUGACAGUGUGCCUGAAAGCGACGAAAAAGUCGGUACGAGAAAAAAGGGUAAGGAUAAGAAAUCUGUGGACCGAACAGUGGCCUUCAGGUUGCGUGACAUCGAAGACGUGAGUUAUGUUCCUCGCACAGACGACGAGGUGGUGUUUGACGAAGUGUUGGACAAGCGUACGGGCAAGGUGAAGGCCGCGAAAGUCCGAGUCGUACGGCUCAACCAUAAGAACCGUGAGACCGGCAUCGUCAACGCUAUGAAGGAAGACUUUGGUUUCAUCAAGUGCGCUGAGAGGUCGGGGGAUGCGUACUUCCGUUUUUCUGAUGUCAUUGGCACGAACCGCAGCUUUGGUAAUGGCACGGAAGUGGCGUUUGAUGUCGACGUUGACAGCAAGUCGGACCAUAUCCGUGCGACGCGUCUUCAAAUCUUGCCUAGAGGUAGUGUAAAGUGGGAAGAUGUCGUUGGCGAAGGCAUCGAGGGUGUUGUUGCGGCAGUGCCAAGCUCGAGGAAUGGUCAUGCUUCGAACCGCGGUGGCCGAGGAGACAAAAUGAAACGGAUGCAAAAGUUUGUGCCUGGCAAGAUCAAGUUUGUGACUCCGCAGAAGCAGCAUGCGAUUGACUUUUUGCCGGACCUGAAGGAAAAGCUUGUUGCAGCUUGUGUAACUUCAGAAGACGUUGUUGAGGAAGUACAGGAGGAGGAGGGUGAUGAGAAGAAGUCAGAAGAGGCUGAAGAUAGCGCAGAAACUCUGGUUUUGUUCCCUAGUACUCUGUCGAGGUUUGAACGAGCUGCUUUGCACGAUUACAGCGUCUGGCUCGGACUCAAGACCAGAAGCAAGGGAGGAGGUUCUCAUAGUCAAUUUGAGAUCUUUGGAAAGAGGAAGAUAGCAAUGAAGGCUGUCGAAGAAAAGCUCGCGACGUCUGCGCCAGAGCUCACAGCAGAGUUCAAGGAAGAUGACGUAGUUGACGUGCGAUACAACCCGAAAGUGGGAGACCGCGUCAGAUUCGAUCUUGCGGUGGUCAAGCGAACGAAGGAACUCCGAUGCACAUCCGUAUCGUGUUUGGAGGCAGCCGUCGUUAGUAAGCCCAAGGUAGCUAGCGUGAAGAAAGAGGCGAAUACGGGUGAAGGAUACAUUAUGUCUGUGAAGCCAGAAGGUUUCGGGUUCAUUCAACCUGCUCAAUCCGGGCUUGGAUCGCCAGAAGAGAACCUGUUUUUCCACAUUAAGGAUAUCACGACGGGGCAGACUUUGGCGGACUUGAAGGCAGGUACCGAAGUGCAGUUCACCAUCUUUGUUGACGAGAAAAAGGACAAAAAACGUGCAACGAGCGUGAGUAUCGUGCCAGCGGGGACAAUCAAGGUUGAAGUGCCAAAAAGCGUGAAGGGUGUUGUCAGUAAGGCAAGCUUUUUGCAGCGCAUGAAAGGCGGAGCGAAGGGUCGUUUUCCGAAGGCAAAUAACAAAGCAAGUAGCUUGGGACGUAUCCGGUUGGUAACAGCGGAAGAUGGUGCUGAAGACAGCGUUUGUGCAAACGGAAACACCGAUGACGAAGCUGAGGAAGACGAAGAGGCUGUGCAGCAGGCGACAAAUGGCGAUGCGAAAACGGGGGAGCAAUCCACUUCUGGUGUGACAAAAAAGGCGGAAAAGAAGAAGUUGGACAAGCAAAUUUACUUGUACAAUAUUCGAGAUAUCGUCGAUCCGAGCGUCGUUCUGCGUGAGGGGGAUGAGGUCGAGUUCACACCUCAGAUGCAACAUAAGAACCUGCGUGCAGCUCACGUGCGGCUGAUUGUCUCACAUGCAAAGCAAGGUGUUGUCACGCGCAUCACGGAGGAUCUCGGUGGUGUUAUUUGUUUGGACGGUGAAGAGCCGGCGGUCGAGGCUCGCUUCACUGCUCGAGGAGUACUGGGCGGAGACACCCUGCGUGAGGGCGAUCGCGUGGAGUUUGCAUACAGACCGCCUUCUGCUUCUCCCGUCAAGAAUGAGAUUUCGAAGAGUGAAAUGGAAGAAGACAAAGAGGAGCAAAAUGAAACAGGGUCCACGAAAGAGAACGAAGAAACGAACGACGAGUCCACGAACAUUGUGUUGGGUCAGGCUCUGAGCGUGCUCCGCCUCUCCUCGUCGCCGAACGCAGCUGUUGCGUCUCCGCGACGAGGCUCGCGCAUGGUGAACUCGACGCUGAAAGAAGCCAUGCGUCAAGCUGGCGCGAACGCCAUGGUGGCAUCUCGAAUGGCAAAGGGGCCCAAUGGAACGCGUGGUUUUGCUGAGACUUGGAACCCCGACGCUGCGGAGACACUAGAGGUGGUGCCUGAGAAGCCCAGCGUGGAGUUGCCAACCGCUUCAGCUACGGCGGCAUGUACCACGGAACAGAGUCAGGCAUAA